GCUCGCAUUCGGAUCCGCUAGAGCAAGAAGAUGGCGACGGACGGCGCGAGCUGCGAGCCCGACUUGUCCCGCGCCCCGGGGGAGCCGGCGGGGGCCACGGCGGAGGCGGCGAGAAAAGAGUUUGAUGUGGACACCCUCAGUAAACCAGAGCUGCGAAUGCUACUCAGCGUGAUGGAAGGAGAACUGGAGGCUAGGGACCUUGUGAUCGAGGCCCUGCGGGCUCGCAGGAAGGAAGUAUUUAUUCAGGAAAGGUAUGGCAGAUUUAAUCUGAACGACCCCUUCCUGGCACUCCAGCGAGAUUAUGAAGCUGGUGUGGGUGACAAAGAGAAGCCAGUUUGUGCCAACCCCCUCUCCAUCCUGGAAGCUGUCAUGGCCCACUGCAGAAAAAUGCAGGAGAGGAUGUCCACGCAGCUGGCUGCUGCCGAGAAUAGACAAAAGAAGCUGGAGAUGGAAAAGCUGCAGCUGCAAGCCCUUGAACAAGAGCACAAGACGCUGGCUGCCCACCUGGAGGAGGAGCGGGGCAAGAACAAGCACGUGGUCCUGAUGCUGGUCAAGGAGUGCAAACAGCUCUCGGGCAAAGUCAUAGAGGAGGCCCAGAAGCUGGAAGAAGUACUGACAAGACUGGAGGAGGAAAAGAGAAAGACGAGUGACUUAGAAGACCAGCUGUCCACUGAGAAACGCAGAAGCACAGAGAUGGAAGCUCACAUGGAAAAGCAACUGUCUGAGUUUGACACAGAACGGGAACAGCUCCGUGCCAAGCUUAGCCGAGAGGAAGCACAUACCACUGACCUCAAAGAGGAGAUAGAUAAGAUGAGGAAAAUGAUCGAGCAACUGAAAAAGGGAAGUGACAGCAAGCCAAGCCUCUCUCUUCCACGGAAGACCAAAGAUAGGCGUUUGGCUUCCGUAUCUGUAGGGACAGAGGGGCCUGUGACAAGGUCUGUCGCAUGCCAGACAGACCCAGUGACAGAAAGCACUGACCCUGUGAAGAAGUUGCCUUUGACUGUACCUGUAAAGCCUUCCACAGGGAGCCCCCUAGUUCCUGUCAACACAAAAGGGACUGUGUGCCCCAGUGCCCCGCAGGUCCGACCAGGGAUUGAUAGGCAGGCUUCCCAAGGUGACUUGGCCUCCUCUCGACACUCAGCCCCAACCCCAAGUGCAAAGAGAAUUGAGGAAAAUGGACCAAACACAGGAUCAACCCCAGAUCUGUCAAGUAGCACACCCCCAGCCCCCAGUCCUGCUGCCCCUCCCACCACUCAGACGCCAGGAAUAGCUCCCCCAAACCACUCACAAGCUCCCCCUGUGCACAGUUUACACUCACCUUGUGCCAAUGCGCCUUUGCAUCCAGGUCUCAACCCACGAAUCCAAGCAGCCAGAUUUAGGUUUCAGAGUAAUGCCAAUGACCCGGACCAGAAUGGAAACACCACCCAAAGCCCUCCCUCAAGAGAUGUCUCUCCCACAAGUCGUGACAACUUAGUGGCCAAACAGCUAGCUCGAAAUACUGUGACCCAAGCACUGUCAAGAUUCACCAGCCCUCAAGUGGGCACGCCCCCAAGGCCUGGAUCCUCUCCAGCCACGGAUGCUGGCACCUACUCUCCAGCCGGUCGGACCAGUUUAAAGACUCCUGGGGCAGCACGAGUUGACAGAGGAAAUCCUCCUCCUAUCCCCCCCAAAAAGCCAGGGCUCUCCCAAACUCCUUCUCCACCACACCCCCAACUCAGGGCCUCCAGUGCUGGGGCCAAAGUCGAUAACAAAAUUGUGGCCUCCUCUCCCUCCAAUUUGCCACAAGGGACCAGGGUAGUAAAUGAGGAGAGUCUCCCUAAGUCAUCCUCCCCUCAGCUGCCACCAAAACCAUCCAUAGAUUUAACUGUGGCACCUGCAGGCUGUACUGUCUCAGCCCUGGCUACGUCUCAGGUGGGUGCCAGGCCUGCUGAAACCCCUGGACUGAACCAACCUGCAUGUUCAGACAGUCCCCUUGUCAUUCCCACCACCAUUGCCUUUUGCUCUUCCAUAAACUCUGUUAGUGCCUCAUCCCAUAGGCCACGAGCCUCAGACAGCCUCCUGGCAACAGCAUCAGGCUGGUCACCCUCCCUAACCCCUUUGCUAAUGAGUGGUGGUCCUGCCCCCCUGGCUGGCAGGCUCACCCUUCUUCAGCAAGCUGCUGCCCAGGGAAAUGUCACUUUAUUAUCAAUGCUGCUUAAUGAAGAAGGACUGGAUAUUAAUGACUCCUGUGAAGAUGGCCAUUCUGCCUUGUAUUCUGCUGCUAAGAAUGGACAUACAGACUGUGUGCGAUUGCUGCUGACUGCAGAAGCCCAGGUCGAUGCUGCUGAUAAAUGUGGCUUCACGCCCUUGUGCGCUGCAGCUGCUCAGGGACAUUUUAAGUGUGUAGAAUUACUAACUGCAUACAGCGCCAACAUUAACUGUGCUGCUGCUGGAGGACAGACACCUCUAUACCUGGCCUGUAAAAAUGGACACACGGAAUGUAUUAAACUCCUGCUGGAAGCUGGUGCUGACCGGAGUGCAAAAACCAGAGAUGGCUGGACACCGGUUCAUGCAGCUGUGGACACUGGUAACGUGGACAGCCUCAAGCUUCUCAUGUACCAUAGAACACCAGCUCGUGGAAACUCACUGAGAAGGGAGGACCCUAAGUCAGGCAUGCUCACCUUGGGUGGAGAAGAGGAGAGCGCUGAAGGCACAUCCAAGCCUGUAGUUCCCGCAGACCUCGUUAACCACGCUGACAGUGAAGGCUGGACUGCUGCCCACAUUGCUGCUUCGAAAGGUUUUAAGAACUGCCUAGAAAUCUUGUGUAGACAUGGAGGGCUGGAGCCAGACAAGAGAGACAAGUGCAAUCGGACUGUGCAUGAUGUUGCCACAGAUGACUGCAAGCAUUUGCUGGAGAAUCUGAAUGCUCUUAAAAUACCCUUAAGCAUUUCUGUAGGUGAGGUUCAGCCAGUCAAUGAGGGUUCCGAGGACUUUGAACGAGAAAAUGCAAUAUGUGUUUUAAAUAUCCGCAAACAGAUAUCAUGGGAUGAUUUUUCAAAAGCAGUGAGUCAAGCUCUGAUGAAUCAUUUCCAAGCAAUCUCUUCUGAUGGAUGGUGGAGUCUAGAAGAUGGGACAUUUAAUAACACUACUGACUCCAGUGUCGGCCUCGGGACAAGCAGCAUCCAAUCUAUCAUGCUAGGAAAUAUAACAUGGUCAGCUGGUCAGAGUUUCACCCAGUCCCCAUGGGACUUCAUGACAAAGAAUAAGGUGGAGCAGGUUACUGCGCUAUUGUCAGGUCCCCAAGAAGGCUGCCUCAGUAGUGUGACUUAUGCAUCCAUGAUCCCUCUUCAAAUGCUGAAGAACUACCUCAGGCUGGUUGAGCAAUACCAUAAUGUCAUUUUCCAUGGCCCAGAAGGAAGCUUGCAAGAGUACAUAGUGCAUCAGCUUGCACUCUGCAUGAAGCACAGACAGGUGGCAGCAGGUUUCUCCUGUGACAUAGUGAGAGCUGAAGUGGAUGCGGGGUUCUCCAAGGAGCAGCUCGUAGACCUGUUUGUUAGCAGUGCUUGUCUGAUCCCAGUGAAACAAUCUCCCAUGAAGAAGAAAAUCAUUAUCAUCUUAGAAAAACUGGAAAAAUCUUCAUUGUCUGAGUUAUUGGGGGACUUUUUAGAACCUCUUGAAAACCGUAGCAUGGAAAGCCCCUGCACUUUCCAAAAAGGAAACGGAACGUCUGAAUGUUAUUACUUCCACGAGAACUGCUUUCUGCUGGGAACCAUUGCUAAGGCCUGCCUGCAGGGCUCCGACCUGUUGGUCCAACAGCAUUUCCGCUGGGUUCAGCUACGGUGGGAUUCCGAGCCCAUGCAAGGACUUCUGCCGAGGUUCCUUCGCAGGAAGGUCUUGAACAAGUUAAGAGGCCAGGUGCCCUCAGCCUGUGAUCCCGUGUGCAAGAUCGUUGACUGGGCUCUGUCAGUCUGGCGACAGCUCAACUCCUGCCUGGCUCGUUUGGGUACCCCAGAAGCCCUUCUUGGGCCAGAGUAUUUCCUGUCUUGUCCUGUGGUUCCUGGACAUGCCCACGCAACAGUGAAGUGGAUGUCUAAGCUGUGGAAUGCCAUCAUUGCUCCCAGAGUUCAAGAAGCAAUAUUGUCAAGGGCCUCUGUGAAAAGACAUCCUGGCCUAGGGCAGACAGGCUCUUGGAAGCACCCUAGCCAAGGACAGCAGGCUGUGGUGAAAGCCGCCCUCAGCAUCUUGCUUAAUAAAGCUGUUCUGCAUGGCUGUCCCCUCCCCCGAGCAGAGCUGGACCAGCACAUAGCUGACUUCAAAGGGGGGAGUUUCCCUCUGUCCAUAGUUUCAAGUUACAGCAAGAAGAAAGGAGAGGGUGGUGCUUGGAGAAAGGUGAGCACCAGUCCUCGCAAGAAGCCUGGCCGCUUCUCCUCACCCACCUGGAGCAAAGCAGACCUGAAGCAUGAUGGUAUAAAAAAUAAGACCAUACCACAGUUGAAUUGUAACAGGAACACUUCUCUGUCAAAGCAAAAGUCCCUAGAGAAUGAUCUCUCCCUGACGCUAACAUUGGACCACAGACUCUCUCUGGGUUCAGAUGAUGAAGCGGACCUCGUCAAGGAACUUCAGAGUAUGUGCUCCAGCAGGUCGGAAUCUGACAUAAGCAAGAUUGCUGACUCCAGGGAUGACCUAAGGUCGCUUGAUCAUUCAGGAAACAACCCUGCAUUGCCAGCACCUGUUAAUCCUCCAAGAAUGCCAGUGUCACAAAAGGAGGCCAGUCCUCUCAGCAGCCAUCAAACUACCGAAUGCAGCAACAGUAAAUCAAAGACCGAGUUGGGUGUCUCAAGAGUGAAAUCUUUCCUUCCUGUUCCCAGAAGUAAAGUCGCCCAGUGUUCUCCGAACACCAAGAGAAGCAGCAGCAGCAGUAAUACAAGGCAACAAGAAACCAACAACAACUCCAAAGACGAGAAUUGGAACUUAAACCAACAGGAGCAAGCAGAAAAACCUACCAAAUAGGCCUGCCUACAUGAUUUCCACUACGAACUUCUGUAUUUUUCAUGCAGAAGCCAAGGACAAAAAUACCUUCAAAUAAACAAAAUGUCUUCACUGUAAUAUAAAGUAAAAGUGCGGGACCACUAUUCAAUUUUUUGUAAAGAAUGUAUUUAUAACCCAACAUUUUGUUUUGUUUUUAAAUUCUGUAGUACCGAAAACAAUACCAAGAACUUUCCAAGUAGUUUUAUAAUGGAAACAUUAUAAUUUUAAGAUGUUCAGGUGAUAAAGCAGAACUUUCUGUGUACUGUACAAUACUGUACAUAUGUGUACAUAUGUAUAUUUAAGGAAAUUCAAAAAUCAUAUUGUACACAUGUUAUAACAUCUGUACAACAUUAGCUUUGAUGAACAUACACCAUUUUAAAUGGAAUUCAUAAUUUUAUGUUCACCUGAUGGAGAAUAACUCCAAUGGGGCAAUAAGAAAACAUUCCUAAAUAGUUAUUUUCCAUUAAAAGCCAUAUUAAGUAUUUUGCCUGUUAAAUUCUCAUUUUGAAUCUUUUAGUGUUUAUAUUGCCAUUUGGUUGCAUUGUGUAUAUAUUUAUGCUUAUAAGUUUGCAUUAUGACUCUUGUAAAAUAUGAAAUUAUAAUGCAAUAAAAGUGUUAUCUUUCUUACAAAACUUUUGUACCUAAGUGGAUAUAAAAGUUACCUGCCUAAAGACGUCAAUAAAUGAAUUUUGAGUUAACCACUUUAGUAUAUUUGUAAUAGCACACUGAUAAUAAAAUUAAUAUUUUCUAGAA